ACGUUGGCGCACAGUCGAGCUGAAUCGUACCUGUUUCACAGGAAGCAGGACUGGGACUACACUCAACUGUACAACAGGCAGCAAACAACGUCUUCAGGCUGGGAAACGAAACGCUACCACGGAGAAGAAAACUCCAUCCACCCAGGGGGAAAGUCGUGAAGGAGGGGAGGCCCUGCAACACCGGAGCUACCAUGGUGGGUGAGCGCCGCAAUGGAAACCUGCUGGUUCAGCUGGGCCCGAAGCUGCAGGCUUACCCAGAGGAGCUUAUCCGCCAGCGGAGGACUCACGACGGCCAGACGGAGUAUCUGAUCCGCUGGAGUCUUCUGACCGUGGAGGACAGCAGCAGUUCAGGCUGCAGCAAUGAGGCGAGCGGCGGUAGCGGCAGCAGUUCAGGAGUCGGUGGAUCCAGCGGCUCCACCUCCGGAGAGAGCAAGACUGAGAGCAUCCUCAUGUGGAUGUCCACCGAAGACGUCUACGCCAACUGCCCCACUCUCCUAGGCAAGCGCAAGGCGGACUCCCAGAGGCCUCUGCUGGAGGAAGAGGAGCGUCCUAGCGGCCAGUUUCCUGCAGAUGUCACCUUUGAUGAGGGAGAAUUGUCAGACAUGAAAGAUGACGUGAAGAAUCUGGUGCGGCGUGCCCGGAAGCAAAUGGCCAAGAACAGCGACUUCGGUAUAAGCAUCACGCACACCAUCCACGUGCUGAGCGCCUAUGCCAGUAUCGGCUCACUAGUAGGAGUCUUCAAGGAGACUGGAGCUCUCGACCUGCUCAUGGAACUGCUCUGCAACAAGGAGCGACAAACCAGGCGCAGCGCUGGCAAGAUGUUGCGAGCCUUGGCUUCUCAUGAUGCCGGGAGUCGUGCCUAUGUGCUCCUGUCUCUCAGCCAGCAGGACGGCAUCGAGCAGCACAUGGACUUUGAUAACCGCUACACCCUGCUGGAGCUCUUUGCAGAGACCACCUCCUCCGAGGAGCAUGGCAUCUCCUUUGAGGGCAUUCAUCUUCCCCAGAUUCCUGGCAAGCUGCUUUUCUCGCUGGUGAAGCGUUACCUGUGUGUCACUUCACUGAUGGACAAGCUGAACACAGCAGGCGUGGAGUCGACCUCUGAGCGCCAGGACGUCGGCCCCUCCUCCUCCUCCUCCACAGCGUCCUACCAAUCAGAGCAAGCUCGAGUGCAGCGGGAGUUCGAGUUCACCAUGGCCAUGGCUAACCUCAUCUCAGAGCUGGUGCGGGUCAUGGGCUGGGACCGCAACCGACAGCUACCCUUCUCCUCCAGCAGCGCAAGCAGAGGCCUGGACGAAAUUAAUAACGAGAUCCAGAAACACACAGUCCGCUCCAUCUUUCAGCCACGCUUCUCUUCUUCCACUUCUAUCAUGGCCGCUACAGCGAUGGCUGCAGUCACGCCACCGAAGAAGAAGAAAACCACUAAUGGUUUCAAGACACGUUCUGACUUCUCUUCACGUUCAGCUUAUGUGGAGUAUGUGCAGGACAACCUAAAGAGUGGCAUGAUGGUCCGUAUGCUGGAGGACUAUGAGGAGGUCAGCUCCGGGGAUGAAGGAGAAUUUCGCUACAGUAACGACGGCUCACCUCCAGUGCAGGUCUACUGGAACUCCCUUUCCAGGACCUACUGGGUGCACUGGCAUAUGAUUGAAAUCCUGGGCAACGGCACUGGAGGUCAGGCAGAGAAGGAGACUCAGGAAAAGGCGUCCUCCCUCACAGAGACUCUCAAACUCACUACUGACGUGGCAGUGAGUCAGACGUUCUUCUCCAAGCCCCCCGGUGGGCUCUACUCAUUGCCUUAUCUAAUGGAGGGCUCGCAUGGUGACGCAGGCCGCCUGAGCCGCGCUGAGUGGUGGGAAGUGCUCUUUUUCAUUAAGAAGUUGGAACCCAAGCAACAACAGGAGGUCAACAACAUCCUACGACAGAGCCUUGAUGAACCGGAUGCUGUCCCUCACGGGCGAGGGGCGCAGAAAGUCCUCCACUACCUGAAACAGAAUCUGCAGGCGUCCUGUCUAGGAGACCUGCUCUGCUCCCACACCUUCAUCAAGCAUUACCUGAGCUGCGGUGGUGCCGGCCUCGAGGAUGAAGAAAUGCUGAUGGACGGCUCAUUUGGAGGACAGGGAGCUUCAUCGUCUUCAUCAUUAUCUUCAGCCACAGUCUCGUCCUCCUCUUCCUCAGCCUCUUCCUGCACCAUGGGCUCGGUGUCCAAGAAAGCCAAGAAAGAGAUUGUGGCAGACCCCGUCAGCUGUGGGAAUGAGAAGGAGAACGAGCUUCCCAAUGAAGACGACAGCAAGUAUCCUGAUGACCUUGAGGAGAAGAUGAAAGUGUUCAACAGUCCAAAGGUGCAGGGUAAGAAGAGCUCUCUGGAGAAGAUGGGGGAAGUGGUGGACAUGAUGAAGAAGAGUAGCUCAGACUCUGGACUGCAGCUUGCCGGCAUGAAAGUCAUCAGCAAGAUCACGGAGGAGGAAGGACCUCAAGAGAGAAGCACCCUCAGAUCAGACUCUGCGCAAACCAUCCGUGACAAAGUCUUAAAGAUGUUGGUGGAGAUGAUUGGCAGCCAGCCCAAGCAGAACGCGGUCACUGCGCUGCUGCUGACCCGCAAUCUUAUGCUGAAAUACGAGUGGAGGGUCUCCUUCGCCACUGAGGGCGGUGUUAAAGCCGUCCUGUGCUGCAUGCAGGAGUAUCCCACCUGUAUACAGGUGCAGCAGAUAGCACUGGCGACCCUUAAGGUCAUCACAGGUGCCAGUAAGCAUGACCCUCGCAGUGUGGGUGCGUAUUUGCCCCUGUCUGAGUCUGGCACUCAGAUGAUGCUGGAAAUUUUCGCGAGCAUUGGCUCUGCUACACCAGAAGGCUCCAAAGGGCUCCUUUGUGCCAUCCCUUCAGCCAUAGACCUCAUGCUUGGAACAACAGGUUGUGGUUUGUCUGUGCGGAAUGGGCUGCUGGUCAUCAUCAUGCUGAUUUCCAGCCACAAGAGUCUGGCAGAGCAGCUGGUCGCCUGUAAUGUCAGUGCCACGCUCAAGAAGUGCCUUCCUGCUCAGAAUCACCACAGCAUGCUGGCCAUCAUCGCUCUCAAUCACAUUUCCAUGGUCCACAAGCUGGAGAAAAAAGAGUCUCAAGAAGAGCAUGACUUCAAGGACACCGAACUGAAGAUGUUGGUGGCCAGUCUGAAGGAAAUGCCAGCAACCAAAGAGGUCAUAAUGACUUUGGAGCAACUGCUCUGUGACGACGCCUCUCAGCUGGAGGACGAGAGGAACGAGGUAACCCGCAGCAGAGACACCUUCCAGGACCUCAUCCGCCUCAUGGACCAGCACAGGGCGGAUCGGGCUGUACAGCUGUCCAUCCUUCGGAUUUUGACCAAGUUUUUGGACAACUACCAGGAGGAUCUGUUGCCGUGGCAUGAGAGCAUUGAGCCUUGCUUGUCAUCUAUGACGGCCUUUGUCAGUGACAGAGAGGUCGUUCAGCAGUUCAUCCGUUUCCUGUAUCGACUCGCAUCUCUGAAUAAAGACUACGCUGUUGUGAUGUGUCGUCUGGGCACUAAAGACGCUCUUCUAAAAGCGCUGGACAAACACAACACCAGCCUCCUCAUGGUCACGGAGCUGCGGGAUCUGAUCAAUGAUUGUGAGAAGUACGCCAGUCUCUACAAGAAAAUGACCACCAGUGUGCUGGCAGGAUGCAUACAGAUGGUCCUUGGUCAGAUUGAGGAGCACCGGCGCAGCCAUCAGCCCAUCAAUAUUCCCUUCUUUGAUGUGUUUCUGCGGAACUUGUGCCAAGGCUCCAGUGUGGAACUGAAAGAGGACAAAUGUUGGGAGAAGGUGGAGGUGUCCUCCAAUCACCAUCGAGCUAAUAAACUGACCGACAAAAACCCCAAAACCUACUGGGAAUCCAACGGUUGCACCGGCUCGCAUUUCAUCAACAUUUACAUGCAUAAAGGGGUGGUCAUCAGGCAGUUGACUGUGCUUGUAGCCAGCGAGGACUCGAGUUACAUGCCGGCUCGUAUUGUAGUUCUUGGAGGAGAUGAUCCUACAAACAUCAAUACUGAACUCAACACUGUAAAUGUGGCACCUUCUGCUAGUCAUGUGGUUUUGCUGGAGAAUAUGACCCGUUUCUGGCCUAUCAUUCAGAUCCGAGUCAAAAGAUGUCAACAGGGUGGCAUUGAUACACGAGUGCAUGGGUUUGAGGUUCUGGGGCCGAAGCCCACAUUUUGGCCUGUGUUUAAGGAGCAGCUGUGUUGCCGCACUUAUCUCUUCUAUACUACAAAAGCCCACACCUGGUGUCAGGAGAUUUUGGAGGACAAGAACCAGCUGCUGCAGCUUUUUAACAAGUUAAAUAGUGCCCUGAAACACGAGCAGAUGUUUGCAGACCGGUUUCUUCCUGACGCCGAGGCCGCAGAGGCUUUAGGCCGGACCUGCUGGGAAGCUCUCAUCACCCCAAUUGUACAGAGCAUCACUAUUUCAG